GGGCUCAGACAGAGGGUGAUUAGAGCACACAGCAGACACAGGUGGUGCUCGGUGGUAUCUGACCGAAGAAACGUAAAACAGAACAAACCAUGAAGAACGAAGGCAUAGAGGGGACGGAGAGCUUUCUGAGCCCGGGCCAAGGCCGAGGCCUGCGGGCGGUGAGGCACUUCGCGGUGGGGGAGCUGGUGUUCGCCUGCCCUGCCUACUCCUACGUGUUGACAGUGAAUGAAAGGGGAGCGCACUGUGAGCACUGCUUCACCAGGAGAGAAGACCUUUUUAAGUGUGGCAAAUGUAAGCAGGCCUACUACUGCAAUGUGGACUGUCAGAGAGGUGAUUGGCCCAUGCAUAAGGCUGAGUGUAUAUCCAUGUGUGCCUAUGGGGAGAACUGGUGUCCAUCAGAGACCGUCAGACUGGUGGCCAGAAUUAUCAUGAAACAGAGAGUCACAACAGAGCGCACCCCUUCAGAAAGACUGCUACUGCUCAGAGAGUUUGAAGCCCAUUUAGAUAAGAUGGACAGCGAGAAGGAGGAGAUGAACCAGGCAGACAUAGCAGCUCUGCAUCAUUUCUACUCCAGACACAUCAGUGACCUCCCUGAUGAACAGGCACUCACUGAGCUCUUUGCACAGGUUAACUGUAAUGGCUUUACCAUAGAGGAUGAGGAACUCUCCCAUUUGGGAUCAGCUGUUUUUCCCGAUGUAGCACUGAUGAAUCACAGCUGUAGUCCUAAUGUCAUAGUGACCUAUAAAGGCACAGUGGCUGAGGUUAGAGCUGUGAAAGAGAUUAACCCAGGAGAGGAGAUCUUUAACAGCUACAUAGACCUGCUCUAUCCAACAGAGGACAGGAAAGAGCGGUUGUUAGAUUCCUACUUCUUCAUAUGCCAGUGUACUGAGUGCACCACCAAAUCUAAGGACAAAGCAAAAAUGGAGAUAAGGAAGCUGAGUACUUCACCGGAGCCAGAGGAAAUCCGAUCCAUGGUCCGAUACGCCAAGAAUGUCAUUGAGGAGUUCAGGAGAGCCAAACACUACAAAACCCCCAGUGAGCUGCUGGAAAUGUGCGAGCUCAGCCAGGAGAAAAUGGGGGCUAUAUUUGCAGACACCAACGUCUACAUGCUGCACAUGAUGUAUCAGGCCAUGGGUGUCUGUCUCUACAUGCAGGACUGGGACGGCGCUAUGAGCUAUGGAGAGAAGAUUGUUCAGCCAUAUAGUGUACACUACCCAGCCUACUCCCUGAAUGUGGCAUCUAUGUAUCUGAAACUGGGCCGUCUGUAUUUGGGACUGGAGAAGAAGACGCAAGGAGUGAAAGCUCUGAAGAAGGCAUUGGCCAUCAUGGAGGUGGCUCAUGGUAAAGAUCACCAUUAUGUAGCAGAAGUCAAACGAGAAAUCGAGGAGCAGAAGUAAAGAAGGUGCAGCUGAAGCAGCAACAAGAUUAAAGAGAAAGGCGCUGGAGUGGGGAGCCUCUCUAAAAGCAACAACAACAAAAAUACACAUCACAACUGCAUGGCAUGCAUCUUAAACCUUUUGUUGUCCUCUCUGUUGUUUUUCCUGCCACUCUUUAGGCAGGCUUUCAUUUUUCAUAUCUACCGUCAACAUAUUCUGGCAGAGGAUGACCACAUUGUGUACCUGCAGCAGCCUCCUUCCUGUCAAACCUGGAUUUGAAAGCAGACAAAUUAGGAUUACAGAUUUGGAAUGAAAAAAAUGUCUGAAAUACUUACAGUUCUAACCUUGAACUUCAUUUGAAAAUGUUGGUUUCUGUGUGCUGAAUCUCAUCAAACCCAUUUAACACCCUUACUGUUAUUCAAAAAAGGAUCACAUCAGCAGAAAAAAAAACUUCAAAGCUGCCUUUUGGAAGAAGCAAAGCUUUCAUCUGACAGUUUCGUGAUGUCCACUGUCUGAAGUGAAUUUUUGAUCAGUUUUUUUUUCCUUGGGAGUCUCAAGUCAUUCACUGUGUUUUGCGGACCCAUCAACAGACCACAUGGCAGCAGUUUUGGCUGCACAGCUUUGCUCCAGUGCAGUUGCUCAUGGUUUGAAAUCCUAUACGAAAUGGUGAGCAGUUGUUACAGAGGGCAUUACUACUUAUUCCCAGCCAAUGCAUUUUAAGUCUGUCAAAUAUUCAGCAAAAGAGUUUCUGAUUUCAUUAAUUCUUGUUUAAACUGUGAAAAAAAAAAAAAAAAGACUGACCAUGCAUCAGGUACUCUGUAGCAACGGAGAAGAGAAUGCAAAGAACUAUUCCUGAAUGAAUAAGCAGUGGUUUGAUUGAUUUGUCUUACAGUAUGUUUUGCUUGUUUAAAAGAACCAGGAAAGGU